AUGGGGCAGAUCUGGUCUCCGGAAAACAAGUUCCGGAAGUGGUUGGAAGUGGAGUUGGCUUGUGUGGACGUCCUGGCUGAGCGGGGUGUGAUCCCACGAGCCGCUCGGGUGAUUCGGGAAAAGGCCGACUUCGACGUGUCCAGGAUCGAUGAAAUUGAGCGCGAGGUCAAACAUGACGUGGUCGCCUUUACCACCUCGGUGGCCGAGCACGUGGGUCCGGAGUCCCGAUAUGUUCACUACGGUCUGACCUCCUCCGACGUGGUGGAUACGGCCCUGGCUCUACAGCUCAAGGAGGCUUCGGAGAUACUGACCGAGGGACUGGCCGGGUUCCUGAAGGUGCUGGAAAGGCGUGCGCAUGAGUUCAAGAGAACGGUCAUGGUUGGCCGGACUCACGGCAUUCAUGCCGAACCGACCACGCUGGGCCUCAAGCUGGCCGUGUGGUACGAAGAAGCCCGCCGCAAUCAGAGGCGGCUCCGGGCCGCGGCCGAAUGCGUUCGUGUGGGCAAGUUGUCUGGAGCCGUCGGGACCUUUGCCCACCUCGAUCCCACAGUGGAGGAAGCCGUUUGCCGGAGCCUGGGACUGCAGCCCGAUCCGGUUUCGACCCAGAUCGUGCAGCGCGACCGGCAUGCCGAAUACUUGUCGGCUCUGGCUCUGAUUGCGGCCAGCCUGGAGAAGAUCGCCACCGAAGUCCGGGGGCUGCAGCGCACCGAGGUUCGUGAGGUCGAGGAGUACUUCUCAGCCGGGCAGAAGGGCUCUUCGGCGAUGCCGCACAAGAGGAAUCCCGUGACCUCCGAACAGAUAUCCGGCCUGGCCCGGGUGGUGCGCUCCAAUCUGCUGGCCGGCCUGGAAAACAUCACGCUGUGGCACGAGCGGGACAUUUCCCACUCUUCGGUGGAGCGUGUGAUUCUGCCGGAUUCAACCAUACUGGUCGACUAUCUGUUGGCACGGACCACGCGGCUGCUGGAAAAACUGCUGGUCUACCCGGAGCGCAUGGUGGAGAACCUGAAUAUGACGAAGGGGCUGAUCUUUUCCGGCCAGCUUCUCCUCGACCUCACCCGCAAGGGCGUCAGCCGAGAGGAGGCCUAUCGAUGGGUGCAGCGAAACGCCAUGCGCGUCUGGUCGGAGAGGGUGGAUUUCAAGAGCCUGGUCCUUCAGGACGAGGAGAUUCUCCAACAUCUGUCCCGCUCCGAGAUCGAAACCAGCUUCGGUCUGGAGCACCAGUUGCGCCACGUGGAUGCCGUAUUCGAACGUGUUUUCGGUGGAUGA